ACCCAAGACUCAAACAGGAGGUGAGUAGCGUGGGAAAAAGGGAGCUGGGAGCCUGGCUGGCGACAGGUAGGUGUUCUGGGUUCGCCGUUGCUGUUCGCACCUCUCCAGUUCGACCUGCCUCUUGUCCCUCUCUUUUGGUAGACCUGCAACUGUACUCGAUAGGCCAAAGCAAGAGCGCCACUUUUCCUUGUCUCGUGCAGCGAGGACGAAAAGUAUCAUGACCAUGAUGGCGGCAACGAGUCAACGGCGAACGAUUCCCGCAGACUGCGACCCGAAAUGCUUCCCCUACGUCAUGCAUACAAGCAACACCACCACCACCACCACCACCACUUCCACCACGACUGGCAAACAAAGACAUCGCAGCCAGAAUCCCAACCACAGUCGCAAUCUCAGCCAUAGCUACCACAGCGCUCCUCGCCAAUGGCAGGAGGCCGUCCCACGGCCUGCUACAGCUAAUCCUGCCCUCAAUCACAGCCAUGAUCCUGCGCAUGCUGCCCGUCCUACUCGCUCAAGAAGCCGUCUGCAAAAGCGCCCCUCACAGCACAUGUUGAAGAAGUCGGCCAGCGCUUCUGCAAUGUCGCAAACUGCCCCCCACCCCCGAAGACCAUCGCUGGAUCCAAAAGACAUGACAGCCUUGCCCCAAUUGCCGGACCAUGCUGUCCCUCAGCGAACUUCUUCUCUCCGAAAGAAAUCUCUUGGGACUAUUGAUCGUCCCAAAUCGAAGAAAGGCCCCUCUGACGAGCCAAAGUCUCCUCCCUCGACAACCCAUGCGGCUCUCUCCCUAAGACCCAAAUCUUCACCAGCAGAACAGAGCCCAAAGGCCGACUCUGACAGCGAAAAGUCAUCUUCAGGUGGCUCUCCUGGCCGUCCCAAUCCUAUCAGGACGGCACGCCAUCAACCGCUGGCUCCGAACGACCCUUCUCCGCUGAAUCCCCUCUACCACAUUCCAAGCUCAUAUUUCGCCCAUGUACCAACUCCCGACACGGCGCAACCCGCGACCUCUCCCAUCCCCAACUCCACGACAGAGAAGAACGAGCACGCGAUUCUGCCGCCCGGAUUCAAGCCGGGGAAAAGCGAGCACACCGAAGUUGAAGAGGUUAUUCGACCGGCGGUGACACACGAGGUCGUCAAACAGGACACAAAGGAGAUCGUGCAAGAAGAAAUCACCCGCGAAAUCCACGUGCACCACUACUACACCUACACCCAACCCAUCAAAGCCGUCGAAAUCCUCCCCGCCCGACACUUCCUGGUCGACGCCGAAACGGGGACGAAAGUCGAGAUCCCAGCGCCCGAGGGGUGGGUCAUGCCCAGCAACCUGCAGCCGUACAAGCCAGAUCUGAGCGGGAUGGGCGCAGUGACGCGGCAUUAUCUCGUCGACGACGAGCAUCCCAGCGGCGCUGCGGAGCCGGCCCCGCUGAAUGUCAAGAAGAAGGCAUCUUCGCAGGAUUUGAGGGCGACCAAGAAGUCCAGCGGUACCGGGAAUUGGACGCCAUUCCCGAAAGUGAGAUGACAUACGCAUUGCAUGUGUUCCAAAUCCCCCCUUGUCACAACACAGCCCGACCAAACCCCAGGUGUGAUUUGUCUCCCCCCCCCCCCCCAACCCCC